GGCCCUGCCAGACACGCUGUGGCACUCAGUGAUAGAGGAAUUUCAUAAAAUUAACCAGAAUCCAUGAGUUGUACAAAAACAGAUCCCCCAAAUUGUCUCUGUUGCAUUUCUCAAGGAAUUUGGCAGUUUAAUGCGAUGAUAAGAAUUUCUUCUCAUAAAAUGCCCAGAGCUUCUGAACCAAACACACCAGGGAGCAGCUUUCUUUUAAUGUAGGAAAAAUCAACAGUUUAUGUGAAAUCCCAGCACCAGCUCCAAUGUAUUGAGAGAAUGUCUCAGAUUAGCUCGUGCAAUUGUACUUUAGACACUUUCUCUCUAGUGCCUGGAUUUCACUCUUAGAUUGCUGGGAAAGAAGGAAGUCAAAACCUUCUGAUAGACACUUCCUCUGACUGGAUACGUCUGUCAUCUUGGUUCAUGCAUAAAUACGAGGCAACUCUUAGACAGUCCGCCUUCUUGUAGCCUCUCAUCUUCCUCUGCACUUGCCAUGGCUGGAGAAAUAGUAUAUGCUGAUUUAAACAUUCCUGAAGCUUUUUCCACUUCAAAGUCACUGCAUCCAUCUCAGCACCCCAAUAUCACUCAGUGCCCACGCUGGCAUCGGCUGGCUCUAUGGCUUGGAUGGGCUGGGAACAUCAUCCUGGUGGCAGCUGUGAUCGCGCUUGGUGUUUCGGGUCAGACUGGAAGACUGAGAACAACAAAUGGAAUUGAAUGUAAUUCCAGUCUGAAGGAUUCCCAGUCUUCCUCGAAUCAAAGUGUGUAUCCAAAGCCAGACAACAACUCAACAGAGGGCUGUGAGUGCAAACUGUGCCCCGCUGGCUGGCUGCCGCACAAAAACAAGUGCUAUUGGGUCUCUAAAAAAAGUAAAACAUGGAAUGAGAGUCGUGUGGACUGCUCAGCGAAGAGCUCUCAAAUGCUCGUGAUCCAAGACAAGGAGGAGAUGGCGUAUAUACUGAGUAUUCCACAAUUGAACCUGGUUUGGCUUGGACUCAGUGUUACAUCCCCAGAGAGGAAAUGGACCUGGGUGGACGGCUCCACGUUCGAUGAAACACUGUUCCAUCUAACAGGAGCUGCUGAAAGGGAGAGCUGUGUGAUGAUGAAAGGGAACGGUGCUAUUUCGGAAACCUGCAUGGCUUUAGCUAAAUGGAUUUGUGAGAAAGUUGCCCUGAAAUUAAGCAGUCACACCAAUGAGCUGCACUUGCGUAACUGAAAUAGCAAGUGUCCUUGUUUAUUUUCUCAAAGAAAAACACAUUUGCUAAUUAAAGAAUUCUAAAGCCUCCAACAAACCCAUUUUCCAAGGAAGAUCCUUUCACUUGUUCCUCAGGAACUGGGUCUGAUUUCAUGAGGAGCUGUCUGCCUCCUGGGCUUUGUGUGUGAGCAGACACACUUGGCUCUUAGGAACCGUUUGAAAAUUAAAAGUUGUAAAGCACCAAUGUUACCGCUGGAGACCUAUGUGCCAUUUGGCCACAUCUCAGAAAGGCACGGUUUUGAUCAUUCUUCCACCCUGCCCUACUUUCAGUCGUAGCCUCUAAUUCUGUGGGAGAUUUAGGUGAAGAAGCACCAGUUUGUAUUCCCACAUCUGGUAGUUGCUUACCAUUUAUGCACCCAAAUAUGAGCACACAGUAGCCUCCAAGACUCUGAAACUGGGUCCUCAGCAACCAGCUAUCCCUCUCUCUCUGUGGCUCCCUGCAGCAAAUCCAGACUGCUUUGCUGUGGCGGAUUUAAAGUUAGUGGGGCCAUGUGCUCAGCUUCAUUUUUGCCCCCCCCCCCCCCCCCCCCUUGGGAACCAGCCAAGAAAAAAAACAUUCUUUCUUAUCUCCUCCCACCCCUGUUUUUCAUUCUUUUUUUCUUCAUCCUCCUCCUAUAAGUAAUAGGAAGUAAAUGAAAAUAGAAUGGGGUAUCUUGAUUGUUUUUGUAGCCUAACUUAUUUUUGCUAACCAUUUGAAAAUCACGGAGGGUCUCGGCGGACCACUUAAUGAUCUUUCCAAAUAUUGUUUGUACCGUUAGCUAACUAUUGUAAAGCACUUUGGAUAAAAGCACUUUAU